GUUGACCGGGAACCUACGCUGCCCCAAAUUCAUGUGCUUUUGUGCAGCGGUUCGCCUCCGUCAUCCGUAAACGUCGCUAAAAAUUCGCACUGCGAAAGAAAACAAAGGAUUGAUUGGAAACAAAUUUAGGACAGAAUCUAUUUUGUGUGGCUUUGGCUGACCUAUGCAUCCGAAUCGUGUCGCAAACUUGUACAUCCUCUGCGAGAAGGAGCGUGAGACCCAGCCCCAUGUUUUACGAGAAGACUUUAUUCCUGUUUACGUCGCAAACCUCCUGAGGGACAAACUGUGUAGGAACGAAGAGUCGACCGUCGUCCACCAACCACCUGCGCAGAUAUCGUUGUCGUUUGACCAAUGGGGGGAGGAUUCCCUGAUGGAGGAGUACGUCGACUUUGAAGGCUCCUUUCUACUGCCCAACCAGACGCUAGACUUUGUCCAUCGUGUGCUCAAAUUUGCAAAGGAGGCCACAGAACUAUUGCAGGUGGAUUCAAGAAAGAUCUUGGACUGCGUUGUCGAACAGCUUGAGUUUCCAUGCUUGGAGCUCUUGUGGUUAUUGGACGUGAAAUAUCGAAUUGCAUCGCUGAGCAGUUAUUUGAUGACGUUGAAGUCUCCGCACAAAGUGCAACACAUUCAACGGCAAUUUUUGGCACUUUGUUUUUCCCCUUCGGUGCACUUCAACUCUUGCACAAGAGAUCGCUAUCAGUGCGUUCUUGAGCACUUUUUCCACACCUUUCUCAUUUGUGGAUAUUGUAAUCCUGGACGGCCAAGUAUUUUGGAAUCUCUUCAAGCCACCGUGUUUGAGAUCCUCUUCCAGUUGAGCACUAACCUGGUCACGAGUACGAAAGGGGUUUCUGAGAUGAAUCGCCAAUUCAUCCUUGAAGUUAUCAAGGAAGCUUAUGUACCAAAUUCGGUGAAAAAGAAGUAUUUGUCACACCAAUUGAACCAUCUUUUAACAGCACCAAGCAGCGAUGUUGGUGCCAAGUUCUACACGUUGGACGAGGUUAUUCAGUAUCAAGAGAAACUCGCAGAAGACUCCAGAAAAAAUGACGAUAGGGUUGCCAUUUUAAGUGACGUUAUUCAUGUGAUGAUUAGUGAACCCAUGCUACCCGAGGAUGUUUUUCAAGCAUUAUCAACAUCAAUUAGAAAUGGCAGCCGAAACUGGGACAACAUUCUCUUCUUGAUCACUGCUUGGAUAGGGAGGCUGGAAUUCGAGGCGGCUUCCGUGUUGAAAAAGAUGAUCAACAUUCUAAUGCGAGAAGGCGUCCAAUCUCAGAACGAAGAGCUCGUUUCCCUUGCGUUCAUUCUGGCCCGACACUGCUCCCUCGUUGCUCCUACCACGCCCAAGAUUUUCCCACGCUAUCAAAUCUGGUACUCGGAAACGUUUAGCGAGCCAUACUCACCUGCCAAAGAUGUGGACACGUUCACCUUCCUCUCCAAUUUACUCACUCGAUGGAUUCCGUUCGAACCCAGUUGUUUUCUCCAAACGCAGGCAAUCUUUCGACCUUUCAUCCCAAAGACAGAGGAAUGCAGAGCUAUGUGGAAGUUGUAUGAGGACCUCGCCAGAAAACGUGUGGCUGAAUAUAAUGAAGUUGAGGAAGCCAUGGCACUGGAGCCUAACCUUAAUAAUCCGCUUCUUCACGACGUGGAAAUGGCGAUAAAGGAUUACGAAAGGACACGAAAGAUUCCCCUCAGCUUGGGUCAAAUGUUCCUGUUCAAUAAAAAGUAUUUCACAGACCAAUUUGUGCCCGCUCUCCUAAGAAAGCCACCUGGGACAGUCACUUCGGACGCUCGGUUGCGACUCAUUGAAGCCUUGAAUCAAAAGGGUCAUAUUCCUCGAGAGAUGUACGCUGCGUAUAAAACGCCCAAAUGAAGAGACCACUUGGAAAAUAUUCCACUUCUGCUGCUGCUGAUUCUUGUUUACAUUUCAUGAAUUUGUAAUUAGACGUUAUGAACUUUUGUGAUCUCAUUGCAUUUCUUAUAGUGAGAGAGUGCGACCUUUCUCGCAUCGACUCAUUCAGACUGAGAUGUAAAUAUUAAAAUCGGCUAUUUCGGCGUUCUGUUAGAAAUUUUUGUGCUUUAAUUACCGUUAGCGACGGCCCAAAUAAU